UCAUGAUCUGAACUUCUCAUGCUUAUUCCAAAACGUGUUAUCUGUUGUGUCAAUCGGUGUUUUGAUCGACUGCUUCCUAUUGGUUGUUAUGGGUGCUAACGCUGACUAGCAUUAGCUCGUGUGUACAAUAACAGUCAGUCACCGCUCCUGAUUCGCUGUUGAGUCAAUGACAUAUACAAUUGUUCUUCCACUCGGACUUUUUUACUUGCAUCUAAACAUGCAAUUUAAGUUGUUAAACGUGUUUUUAAGAAACAUUUUUUAAGCGUUAACGUUAGUAAAGUGUCCGUGGACCGUGACGUCCUGACGACAACAAAAGUGCAAAUGAAGUGGACGUCAACAAAGUUAAAUUUAGCGUGUGUUGUCCUCACCUCUGCCGUGGUCCACCGUGUAUGGAUCACGUCUGGAGGUAGUUGCUGACAUCAUCACCCUCUCUGACAGCAGACUAACAAGUGAAGGGGAAACGAUUCCCAUUGAUUGUCAACGCUAAUCCACCAACUCCAAAACAUUUAUUGCAUUUAUUAUAGCUCAAGUGUCCUGUACGCUUCUGUUGCCUUUGCUUCUAAACAAAGUCAAAAGCUGUGAAGUAAUAAUAAUCUCCCGAAUUGCGAGUGUUGAAGGGUUCAGCUGCUUCCUCUCAUCUACUUGGCAUUCAACAAAUACACAGUCAUGCUGGUCAAAGCUCAGCUGCAACUGUGUCAGAGAUGCGUGUGGUGCUGCCAGAGUCAACUCCGUCUGCUCUCUCGCAGUGUUGCAAACAGAAAAGUUGCAAACUACUACGAUCUGCUGGGAGUGAAAUCCGACGCGUCGUUGGAUGAAAUAAAAAAUGCCUUUUUUGAUAAAUCUAAAAAGUUGCACCCGGACAGAGACCCAUCAGACCCCAGCCUGCACAGCCAGUUUGUGCAACUGAACGAGGCGUACAGCGUGUUGAGUAAAGAGUUGACCAGGAAAGAGUAUGAUGUCAAGAUCAGUUACCCACACAGUGGCAGCCAACCCUUCACAUCUACCUCCACUCAGUCUAACCACAGGGCCAGCUCCAGUGCAGCGGCCCAGGACAACAUGCGUUACUGGGAACAGUUCCACCAUUCUCAAACUCAGGAGAUGACUCGAGAGGCAUUUGAGAAGAGGCGGCGGAAGAACCUUCGCCUGGUGGGCUACUGCAUUCUCACCAUGCUGAUCAGUAUUGGAGCCCACUUGAUCUUUUUUAGAAAACUUGAAGAAGUUCACAACAACUUCAUGGAUGAGAAGGACAGAGUCAUCACAGAAAUAUACAAUGAGUCCAAGGAGCGGGCGAGGGUCAACGGUUUUAAGAAACAGACUGAAAUCCUGCGGCAGAAGCACGCAGAGUUCCUGGAAAAGUACAAGACUCGCAACGACAAAGGGGAGAAGUAGAGAGUUCUGUCGUCAUCCCAGACUGCCUGCAGGUGGAACCAACAUGCAGAAUGUCUGUGUAUUUAAAGAGCGCUGUUUAAACUACCCUGAAUGUGAUGGCAGAGACACAGACGUGAUUAUUGUAUUGUAGUUCCAGUGCCGAUGUGCAAUUGAUUUUCUUCAUAGUACAGUUGGCCAUUCCAUUUGUGCAACAUUUUGUUUCGCAAAUAAAGAGAAUUCUUCUGCCCACUGACUGCAUGACUCAAA